ACCAUCUUCGUUUCCUACUAAUUCCUUUUGCUUGUGUCAAGUGUUCUUCUUCAGUUUAUUGCAUCAGAUUUAAACUUGAGUUUUCAUUUUGCAAAAGAAAAAAUCAACCAAAGAAAAUGGCAACUGCAGUGACUAAAGCUGCUGCAAUGGUGUCGAUGAUGAUGAUGCUUUUGAGCGUAACAUGCCAAGCACAUCUUUCUUCUACAUUCUAUGCAAACACUUGUCCAAAUGCACUCAGUACUAUUCGGACUACCAUUAGAUCUGCUAUCGCAGCUGAGCGUAGAAUGGCAGCAUCACUGAUUCGCCUUCAUUUCCAUGACUGCUUUGUUCAGGGAUGUGAUGCCUCAAUUUUACUAGACAAUGCUCCAUCCAUUAUUAGUGAGAAAACUGCAUUGCAGAAUAAUAAUUCUGCAAGAGGUUUUGAAGUUAUUGACAAAGCCAAAGCUGAGGUAGAGAAGGUGUGUCCUGGAGUUGUAUCCUGUGCAGAUAUACUAGCAGUUGCAGCAAGAGACGCAUCCCAAUACGUAGGUGGUCCAACAUGGGCAGUUAAGCUUGGGAGAAGAGAUUCUACCACUGCAAGCAAGAGCCUAGCUGAGAGUAAUCUCCCCCGUUUCAUAGAUGAUCUUCCUACGCUCAUUUCUCUCUUCGGAAACAAAGGCUUGAGUGCUAGGGACAUGGUUGCCUUGUCAGGUUCUCAUACAAUAGGACAGGCUCAAUGUGCCACAUUCAGGGACAGGGUAAACAACAAUACCAGUGACAUUGAUGCAGGAUUUGCAAGCACUCGCAGACGCUAUUGCCCUGCUGGUACUAAUCAAGGCAACACUAACUUGGCACCACUUGAUUUGGUAACACCCAAUUCCUUCGACAACAAUUAUUUCAAGAACCUACUGCGAAAGAAGGGCCUCCUCGAAUCUGAUCAAGUGCUUUUUAGUGGUGGAUCCACUGAUGCCAUAGUUUCUGAAUACAGUAGGGAUCCAUCAACUUUUAUGUCUGAUUUUGCAGCUGCCAUGAUCAAGAUGGGAGAUAUUGACCCACUGACUGGUUCAAAUGGGAUCAUAAGGAAGGUCUGCAAUGCUGUGGUCUAGUUCUUGCAUCUCCAUUUAGUAUAUAAAUUCCAGAAAACUGAAAGUUUUCCUCCUCUGAUAAUUGUUGAUUUUUUUUUCCCCUCAAAUUUCGUGUGCUAGCCAUUACAUUUAAUUCUUUCAAAUGUAAAAAAUUGGAGUGUUCUCUAUUUUUCUAAUAAUAAAGACAAAUUCCUUUA